AGUAUGAGCGUGGGGAGGAUAAACCGCUACAGCAUUGUGUCAUCUGAGGAGGAGGGCCUCCGCCUUACCACCAUGCAUGGCAUGAACGGCUUUGGCAACGGCAAGAUCCACACGCGCCGCAAGUGCCGCAACCGCUUCGUCAAGAAGAAUGGGCAGUGCAACGUGCAGUUUGCCAAUAUGGACGACAAGUCUCAGCGCUACAUGGCUGACAUUUUCACUACCUGUGUGGACAUCCGCUGGCGGUGGAUGUUGUUGGUGUUCACCCUUGUGUUUGUCAUCUCCUGGCUUGCUUUUGGUUUGGCCUUCUGGGUAAUCGCCUUGCUGCAUGGGGACUUAGAUAACCCAGCUGGAGACGACAACUUCACUCCAUGCGUCCUGCAGGUCAACGGGUUCGUGGCUGCCUUUCUGUUCUCCAUAGAGACUCAGUCCACCAUCGGCUACGGCUACCGCUGUGUGACAGAGGAGUGUCCAGUGGCUGUUUUCAUGGUGGUCUUCCAGUCCAUCGUGGGCUGCAUCAUCGACUGCUUCAUGAUCGGCGCCAUCAUGGCCAAGAUGGCGCGGCCUAAGAAGCGAGCGCAGACACUGCUGUUCAGCCACAAUGCAGUCAUCGCCAUGAGAGAUGGGAAGCUGUGCCUCAUGUGGAGGGUUGGGAAUCUCCGCAAGAGUCACAUUGUGGAGGCCCACGUCAGGGCGCAGCUUAUCAAGCCACGGAUCACAGAUGAGGGGGAGUAUAUUCCUCUGGACCAAAUAGACAUCGAUGUGGGCUUUGACAAAGGCCUUGACAGAAUUUUUUUGGUCUCGCCGAUCACAAUCCUCCAUGAGAUUGAUGAGGAGAGCCCUCUGUUUGGGAUCAGCAAACAGGACCUGGAGACCGCAGACUUUGAGAUUGUGGUCAUUUUGGAAGGGAUGGUUGAGGCAACCGCCAUGACCACCCAGGCACGCAGCUCUUACUUGGCCUCUGAGGUGCUUUGGGGUCACCGGUUCGAGCCAGUCCUGUUUGAGGAGAAGAACCUGUAUAAAGUGGAUUACUCUCACUUUCACAAAACCUACGAGGUGCCGUCCACCCCCCGCUGCAGUGCCAAGGACAUGGUGGAGAACAAGUUCCUGGUCCCCAACUCCAAUUCCUUCUGCUAUGAGAACGAGCUGGCCUUCCUCAACCGGGAUGAGGAGGAGGAGGAGGAAGUGGGCGGGGGAAGCAGAGCACUGGCGAACCUCAGUCCAGACCGGAACAGUCGACACGAAUUUGAGCGGCUACAGGCUACCAGGAGUCUAGAUCAAAGGUCAUACCGCAGAGAGUCAGAAAUAUGA